AUGAAAACGGCAAGAUGCCCAAGAGAGGUCUGGAAAGAAGUUGACAAACUCUUCAAUCUUUGGAGGAGGAAAGAGAUCAAUGGUCAAGUGAAGGACACCCUGAAGCAAACACAGUUCAAAAUCAUCAACUCAGUGCCUCUCCCGAGAAGAGUUGAGCUUCUCAAGCAAAUUAACCAAUCAAAAAUAAGCUGGCAGGACUUUCUUGACUUAUGCAAAGAAGACAUCAGACCAAAUCAGAGUUCUGUUGUCUCGCGUGACCUUGAUGAUGUCACCUGCCCCUCAGACACAGAAGAAGAGGCAGUGGUAGACAAACCACUGGCCAAUCCAAAAAAUAGAGAUACAUCAUCACAACUCAGUGGACAAGUUGAGGACUUGGUGUCAAAGGUCAAGGUUAUUGAGAAAAAAUGGCUUGAGGCUGAAAAACGAGCUAAUGCCAAUGAAAGUCGGGCACGAGAAUUGACCAAAAAACUAGCUGCUGAACGCUCAGUGAUAUGCAAGCUGAAAAUUAUGCUGUCAAAACAGCAACAGAAAAACUUGGAGCUCAGUAAAAGGGUAAAACUUUCAGAGACAGAGACAGAAGAUAACAAGGCUCAAAUCAACAGACUACAACAACAGUUAUGUGUGCUGAGUUACCAAGAGGUCCAUCAGGGGGGUAGCGUGGAAUCUCUGGCACAGCAGAAGAAAAUUCAUGCCGACGAGUUGCGCCUCAAGUCUCUGGAACUCGCGGCGAAGGACAAGGAGAUUGAAAUGCUCAAAGUGCAGAAAAAUGCACAGCUACGCAUCUGCGAAGCAGAGCUUGCCUUUAAAUCCGCGCUUCUUGAGGCAAGGGAAAAGGAAAUCGAACUGCAGCGCUUGAAGGCAGAACACAGCAACCUCCAAAAAUCCAGAAAACGCAAAUCUCUUGAACAGGAAGCAAUCCUUCCAUUCAGCGUGCGGAUUCAUAGCGCUAAGAAGGUGGAUGGUAACCAUGUUAACAAGGAAAGAGCUACAGACGCAUCAGAGCCGAGUCAACGUGGCAACAAGUCACAUGAUGCAGAUGGCACACAGAUGAAUCAACUCGGGGAUAUUGAUUGCACAGUUAAUUCAGCAACGACGGAGUUUUGGGAAACCAUGAUAGAGGACACAGAAAUGUCUACGUGUCCCUCGCCUUAUCCGGUAUCAGUGAAGCGGAUCAAAGCUGAGCCACAGGAGUAAUAGAGCGAAGCGAAGCAAGUUAAAGUAAAAGGACCCAGCCAUACCCAAUGAGGCAUUUCAAAGUCGGGUCAAAGGAUUCAUCUCCUGCCAGUGAAGCGGAUCAAAGCAGAGUCCAAGGACCCACCCACGCCCAAUGAAGCAUAUCAAAGUGGAGUCAGAGGAUUCUUUCUUUCCCAGUGAAGCGGAUCAAAGUGGAGUCAAAGGGCCCACCCACGCCCAAUGAAGUAUAUAUCAAAGUGGAGUCAAAGGAUUCAUCACUUCAAAGUGAAGCGUAUCAAAGUUGAGAUAAAAUGAUCCAUCCCUUCCCAGUGAAGCGAAAAAAAAUGCAGUCAAAGAGAGUCAUAAUCCUGCCAGACCAAUGCUGAGUAACAAUGAAUGAGUUUAUUUAUUUUAAUUUGAUUUAUUUAUUUAAAUUCUGACCAGGAGUGAACACUGUAGGAGAUUUACAUUUACCUGCAUGUAUGUCACCCUCUAAACUUCAGUUUAAGGUAAUGUUUAUCUGCUUUUAUCACAGAUUCAGUGUUGCCAUCUCAAAUCCCAUUGUUUUUCUAUAAAUAUUUAAAAGGCCUGUAAAUGUUUCCGACAGGCAUAUUUGUAACAAUGUUCUGCACCAAACACCUUUAAAGCGCUUCUGUUUACGACAGGCAUAUUUGUAACAAUGUACUGCACCAAACACCUAGACAGAUAACCAUUACUCUUUGGGUAAAUUUUGUGUAAUGGGUAAAAAUGAAAUACCUGUACAUGUAUGUCUGACUGCAGUUUGCAUAUACAUGUAUAUGUAUCUGAAUGUUUUCUGACGCAUAGUUGUGAAUUUGCUAAAGAUAAAUUUUAGAUAAACAGUUUCUCCAUACAUGUAUAUGACUGAACACUUUGACAAAAGCUUCAGGCUGUGAUGUCCAUGUUCAGUGGAAAUUCCAGAGUUGUGUUACAUAAAGACUUGUUUAGAUAUUUUAACAUUGUUCUCUCUUAUU